AUGCGUUUCCUUUGCUUCAAAUCCCGUCAAUUUUCCGCUAUCAAUGCUGUGGUGUUAGUUAAUUCCAAAAUCAAAGCAUUUAUCCAACAAGGAAACCAUCUUCAAGCUCUGUUAGCUUACUCUAAAGAACCUCUUUUUCCUCUCCACACUUCAAAAUUCACUUUUCCUCCUCUCCUAAAAGCUUGCGCUUUUCUUCCAAAUCUUCAAACUGGGAAAAUAAUCCAUGGCACAAUCAUUCAAAUGGGUCUUCACUAUGAUCCUUUCAUCAUCACUUCACUCAUCAACAUGUAUGUAAAAUGUAGCUCACUUUGUAAUGCAGUCCAAGUGUUUGAUUUUAUUUCUCAAUGUGAAGAUUUCGAUCGAGAUGUAACUAUAUGGAAUGCUAUGCUAGAUGGGUAUAUCAGAAAUGAGCUUACUGAGGAGUGUAUGGAUUUGUUUAGAAGAAUGCAAGAGAUUGGUGUCAAGUCUGAUGAGUACUCUCUUAGUAUUCUUCUGGGGUUGUUUAAUGGUCGAAUGGGGUUAUCGAAAGCAAAAGAAGUUCAUGGUUAUGUUAUUAGAAACUCAUUUGGGCAUGAUCCUUUUGUGGUUACUGCGUUGAUUGAUAUGUACUCAAAUUGUGGUAGGCCAAAAGAUGCUUGGUGCGUUUUUGAGAGUGUACAAGACAAGGAUAAUAUUGUCAUGUGGAAUGCAUUGAUUAGGGGCUUAUCGGAGAAUGGAUUAUGGAGAAACAGCAUGAGACUCUAUUCUUUAGCUAAGAAUUGGGGCUGCAAACUUAUGUCGACGACUUUUUCUUGUACUUUGAAGGCUUGUGCUGAGGGUGAAGAUAUAGAUUUCGGCAGGCAGAUCCAUUCGGAUGUUGUCAAGAUGGAUUUUGAGAAUGAUCCUUAUGUAUGUACUUCGGUGUUGUCUAUGUACGCAAGGUUUGGACUGUUGGAAGAUGCAGACAGGGCUUUUAAUUCUGUAUUAAACAAAGAAGUUGAAGUGUGGAAUUCUAUGAUCUCAGCUUAUGUUGGCAAGGGCAGAGGCGAUGAUGCUUUGUGUGUGUAUAAUGAGAUGCGAUCAAGAGGCAUCCUUUCUGAUUCUUUCACCUUGUCAAAUAUUCUUAUAUCAUGUAGUAUGACCGAAUCUUAUGAUUUAGGCAGUGCAAUUCAUGGUGAAAUGAUAAAGAAACCAAUACAGAAUAACAUUGCGUUGCAAAGUGCUCUAGUGACUAUGUACUCAAAAUGUGGAAUGUUAAAGGAUGCUCUUGACGUUUUCAGUAGAAUGGAGAAGAAGGAUGUGGUCGCAUGGGGUUCAAUGAUCUCAGGUCUCUGCCAAAAUAAGAAAUUCAAUUUGGCACUGGAAAUAUAUAAGGAAAUGGAGACUCAUAAGGUCAAUCCAGACGCUAAUAUAAUGGCAAUGGUGAUAAAUGCUAGUGCAGGACUAGAAAGCUUAGAAUUGGGUUGCAGUAUCCAUGCAAUCACUGUUAAGAGCGGGGAGGAAGUAGAUAGUUCAGUGAGCUGUUCUCUUGUAGAUAUGUAUUCUAAUUGUGGCAAGCCAGAAAUGGCUGAAAAGGUUUUUUCGGGUGUUCCCCAUAAGAAUUUAGUGGCUUGGAAUUCCCUGAUCUCUUGUUAUUCGAAAAAUGACUUACCAGAGCUUUCUUUAAAUCUUCUUCCUCAACUUGUCCAACAAGGAUUGUAUCCAGACGCUGUUACAAUAACUAGUGCCCUUGCUGCUGUUUCAUCCUUAGCAACACUGAUUAAAGGAAAGGCAAUUCAUUGUUACCAAAUAAGGCAUCAAAUUCUUGAAGACAACCAAGUGGAAAAUGCUCUUAUUGAUAUGUACAUAAAAAGCGGAUGCCUAAAGUAUGCAGAGUGUAUAUUCCAGUAUAUGUCCAAAAGGAACUUAGUAACAUGGAAUACAAUGAUUGCAGGGUAUGGAUCUCACAGUGAGUGUAUGAAAGCUAUCAACUUUUUCAAUGACAUGAGGAAAUCCGGAGUGACGCCUGAUGCUGUAACUUUCCUUUCCUUGAUUUCCUCUUGCAACCAUGCUGGUUUAAUGGAUGAAGGCCUUAAACUGUUUCACUUAAUGGCAUUAGAGUAUGGAAUCAAACCACAAAUGGACCACUACAUAAACGUGGUUGACCUUCUAGGCCGUGCUGGACGCUUGGAAGAUGCUUACAAUUUCAUACAGAAUUUGGAAGUGGAACCUGAGAGGGGGGUGUGGCUAUGUCUUUUGUCAGCCUGUCGGGUUCAUCAAAACGUGAAGCUUGGAGAAAUAGCAGCCAAGAACCUUCUGAAGAUGGAACCAAACAGAGGCAGCAAUUACGUUCAACUUUUAAAUCUCUAUGUGGAAGGUGGGAUGAGGGAAGAAGCAGCAAGUUUGAGGACUCUGAUGAGGCAGAAAGGGUUGAAGAAGAACCCUGGAUGUAGCUGGAUUGAGGUGAAAAAUGAACUUGAGGUUUUCUACUCCUGUGAUUCAUCCUCCACCAAGACAAUUGAGAUCUAUGAGACACUACAAAGUCUCAGAAGUAUUAUGAAAAAGAGAGGAGAUUAUGAGACUGAGGCAAUAUGA